AUGGAUAUGGACCUUCUCUACACGGUGCAAAGGCUCGCGGAGGCGCGCGCCGCCACGACGCCGCCUCCGCACCGCGCGCCCCGAAUCUCCCUCCGCGAGCGCACGGCGCAAGCGCUCGCCGCCACCGAGGCGCAGAUCCACGCGGCCGCGCACCUCCGGUCUCUCUACGCGGACACCAGCCUCGCGGAGCUGCGCGCCCUGGCCCGGCGCCGACGAGAGCGCUCCCGACGACUGACCCCGCGCGAGGCCGAGGACGCCUGCUGGGCGCUGCUGGACGCCGGCUGGGACCCCGCGGCCGACCGGCCGGAGAGCGACAGCGAGGAGGACGACGACGAGGCGGUGGAGGAGCUCGCAGCGCGGCUGAACGCGCGGUCGCGCGCGCUGUGGGCGCGGCACGUCCGCGAGGAGGAUGCGCCGCUGAGGUACGUGGAGGGGUGGCCGACGGGGUUGGUCGGCGGGGCGCCGACGGUGCUCGAGGAUGAGUAUGGGGAGGAGGGCGGAGGAUGA